CAACGACGAAGGACAAGAACCGACAAAACGCGAACCGCCAAAAGAGAGAAAGCAGCCAGCAAUCACAACAACACAUCAACAACAACCGACCGAGCAUCGCUGUUGCAUUGCACCACCACCUCUCUCUCUCUCUCUCUCUCGCCCGCGCGCGCGCCAUACACACCAGAUCGAGUGAGGAAGCAAGCCGGGCAAGGACGCAGAUAGCCUUGUGCAGGUGGACAGACAACAGCAGCAGCAAGCGUCCUGACUGUUUGUUCUGGGCUGUCGAUCCCAUCUCCUCACACCAGCGCGAAGCAGGAAACAAGAAACAGCGGACAACCAGACAGAGUGAGAGAGACAGGCAAAGAUGAAGCUGCUAGAGAUACCGGAGCUGGCGACGCUGAGCAGUGAGUGGACGGGGUUGCGCAGCGACUGUCGUCUCAUCUGCUCAAUACAGGCCUUUAGCUGCAAGAAGGCUGGGGAGGACAAGAAGCUGUACAAGCAGUUGGCGGGGGAAGGUGACAUGGAGGAGCUGGUGAUGCUCGCGCCACCUGGCGUUGUGUCUGCAGCAGUGGGCAUGGUUGCUGCGCCCGCUUCAUCCACGCGAUCACAAGAUGAGGAAGAGCAAGCAUACUGCAGCAAGAAAACGCUCUACUUCUUGAAAUCCACCCUCAACGCUGCAUACAGCCCAGACUACGACUUCAGCCAUGCAAAGGGAGCAGAGUUUGCGUUGGUACCAUCUGCGGACGUGGCGAGACAACACAUCUCCGCUGUGCUGUCGCCUGUAUUGGGGCGUGCAUACACGAGCCGGUCUGGGGAGCUGUGGUCGACACUGGACUCGCUCAUCAGCCUGGCGGACUGCGACGUGUUUCUCUACUGCGGCGACUCCCAGGACGACCCUUUUACGGAGGAGGGCACCACUUGGUCGUUUGCAUACCUCUUCUUCAACAAGAAGCUCAAACGCAUGAUCCUCUUCACCGCAAUCAGCCUCAGCAUCUCUGCGCCUCUGCAUGAGCUGGAGAACAAGGACGAUCUUCCCGAGGACUUGAUGUUCCAGGGAUCCACCAAUGCGGAGGAUGAUGAUGAUACGAUGGCCACGGAGUGGUGAUGUGUGGCGUCCGUUGUCCCACAUUGCGCCUUCUUGUUCUCCUUCCCCCUGCUCUUGUGUCUUGAUUGUGUACAUUGAUCCUUUGACCCCAACACCCCCGCCCCCUCUCUUCCGCGCUGGUGCACAGACAGACGUGCAAGCGUGAUUGCCUUCUCUCCUGCUUGUGUUCACCCUCCUUUCCUUGUGUCGUUCCCUCUUCGCUGCGAUGUCCGAUAUCACAUGACACCACCCCCUGCCUGUUCUCUCCUAUUACCAAGUCCACGCUGUUCUCUCUUCGUCUGCCCCUCGUGUUAGCUUGUGCCGUGACUGUUGGCGCCGCCGUGUUGCCGGUGCUGUCCACGUUAGCUCCUCCCUCUCCGCGUGUUUGCAUGUGCAUAGAAUAAUAAAACACCGUGAUCCGCA